AUGGCGUCGACUCGUAAGCAUGAUCCUCGCCCCCCUGACGCGGACCAGCCUCGACGUCUGCCGAGUCCUCGCCGUCUUCCCAGUCCCAACCGCCUACCUAGUACUAAUCUCGCUCGCCGGCACAUAGCCAACGCCAAGUCCUCCGAUUUUCUGGGAACAGCGGAUCUUCGCUCGCCCGGUGCACAAGUCCCGGCACUGUGCAAUGUGCAGCCGUAUGUGAUUCGGAAAUCCAUGACGUGGCAGGAUUCUGUUCCUGGUCCGCGCCCGCAAUCUCCGGCGGAAAAGCCGCUCUCGCCUAAUGCGAAGGCUCCCACGCCGAGUAGCUGGCACCGGCCGUCUCGGAGCUUUCGCAAUAACAUAGUCAGCGGCGGAAGCGGCGGGGAUCGGUUGGCGCCGUCCAGCGCGAUUCUCGCUGCUGGUCGGUCGGCAACCGCCGUGUUUGCCGCUGCGACGUCAUCCCCGUCAGCCAAUGAGCUGUUUGCGCGAGGAAGCAGCGUUAACGAUGCCAGGAGGAGCGGCGGAGAAAGCGGGGAGAUAGUCCGCCCUCCAUCACCCUCUCCCGGUGAAGCAUCGUCCCCGUCAGGUUUCCGUCUGUCCAGCAUAGUUCCGAACCCGUUCCGCAGGCGGAACAAAGAGAACUUCGCGUCAGCAGCCGUGUAUGACGUCAACAUGCUUGAGCCGGAAGAGAGUGAGUCCUCCGCAAGUGGCGGUAACUUCGCGAUCGCUCCUUCCUGCACACGCGGAAGGUUCAGCCCGCGCCGCAGCAGGCCGAGCCCGAGCCGCGAGCGGCGGAAAAGCAGCGACGGAAGAGGCCUCGGGAUUUUUGGGAGCGACGGGAGAGGAUCGGGGUUGUCGCGCUCCAACAGCAAAGAAGCGCGCGACUUGCUGUCUGAGCUGGAUGCUUGCGCGACGACCAUGGCACCUGUCACAGAUGCAGCAGGCGCAGCGUCAUCGUCGGCGGGGAUCGGCGCGCAGUCGCUCGCGCUCGUGCCUGCGCGUGCGCGCGGCGGAAGCGGGGGGAACUGGGGGGAGCUGAUGGCGGGGAGGAGGGCGGAGGAAGCGGCGGUAGUGGCAGCGGCGGUGGGGGAAGAGGGUGCGGAAGUGGUGAUGGGCAUUCUGUGGAAGUGGGUGAACCUGGGGCGAGGCUGGGGCAUGCGGCUGUUCGUUCUGGAAGGGGGCCUGCUGUCUUACUUCAAACUCGAGGGCCCUGAUCGGGUAACCGUGUUACAGGAGCUCGAGCGUCGCCCUCGAGCUCGACUGAUCGGUGAUGAGAUUCGCCAUUUCGUGAAGAAGGAGCGCGAAGAUGGGGUGGUGCCUAACGAAGGCGAGCUUGGCGAUCGCAUGCCACAUGGCAGCGUCCGAUUGGAGGUCUCGACGCUCCGAGCCAGCACGACUGACGGUAGAAAGUUCUACGUUUUCGGGACUAAGACGCUUGGAUUAAGGACGGAAUCUAAGGCCGGGAGGCUACUAUGGAUGGACGCGCUUCAAGCCGCGAAAAUGAAGCACCUGCAGUCGAUUCGCGCCUCGGCACGAGCUCCUUCGGUAAACGAUUCCAGGCUGGUAGCCGCGUCGUCUCUGGCCAUGGAGCCGCUAAGAGCGUACUUAGCGAGUAUAAGUGUGGGUGUGGAGGAGAUCGCUAAGUGCGAGGAGAUAGUGAGGCGGCAGGUGGUGUUCAGGCUGGAGAAUAAACUGCGGGAGGAGCAGAAGCGGCGGUUGCAGCUUUUGCGGUUACUGAGGCAGCUUGAAGCGGAUAAGGUUGAGUUGGAAACGGCUAUGCUGGAGGAGACGAGGAACCAGGGUUACGCAGGCAACAGCGUCGUCAUGACUGGCGACGGUGAUGACGCCAGCACGACCUUUGAUGAGGACGAAGAGGAGGAGGACGACGAGGAGGAGGAAGGGGAGGAGGAGGAAGGUGGGGGGGUUGAUCAGGAGGUUGACAGCAGUGCGGUUACUACCAACAUGAACGGCACCGUAACGGAAUCUACGCUGGAGACCAAUGCAGGCCACGGGCUGUUGAAGCGCAGUGGAAGCCAGAUUGGUAACAGCGGCCGCAGGUUGGGGAGGGCUCGGAGCAAGGCUCGGCGCGCCGCCAAGGCUGCGGUGUUGGCUCGGGACAAUGACGAGGACGAGGGAGGGUCGGGCAGCAGCGGCGGGCAGGAUGAUGAGUUUUUCGAAGCCAUGGAUGAUUUCGUCAGCUCCGGGAGUGUGCUGACUGUGCUGGACAUUCAGGAGGUAUGCGGGAGUGGGAUGGACUGGGGCUCAUACCUCUUCUCUGAGUCAGCUCGAGGAGUGGGAGAUGGUGGGAUGGGGCUCAUAUGUCAUGGGUGUGCCACUCACCAGGUGGGAUUCACGUACCCCAAGAUACCUCGCAGGGAGCGUCUGCCUCCCCCAGCAGAGGAGGAGAAGCCCGUGAGCAUCUGGUCGAUUCUCAAGGACCUGGUGGGCAAGGACCUCUUCAAGGUGUCGCUGCCUCUUAUUUCCUGUGCUUUCUCCUCCCCACUUUUUCCCCCACCAACCCCUCGAUUUCCAACCGCCCACCAGGUGGGAUUCACGUACCCCAAGAUACCUCGCAGGGAGCGUCUGCCUCCCCCAGCGGAAGAGGAGAAGCCAGUGAGCAUCUGGUCGAUUCUCAAGGACCUGGUGGGCAAGGACCUCUUCAAGGUGUCGCUGCCUGUGAGCUUCAACGAGCCCAUCAGCACCAACCAGAAGUACUGCGAGACGUACGAGUACAGCUGGCUGCUCGACCGCGCAGCUGAAUACGGCCGCCGGGGCAACAAGCUAAUGAGAGCAGUACACGUGGCAGCCUUUGCAGUGUCACGUUACUCGGGCAACGCCGGUCGCAUGCACAAGCCCUUCAACCCGCUGCUGGGAGAGACGUUUGAAGCCGACUGCCCUGACAAGGGCUUCCGAUACGUCUCAGAGGCAGUGCUGCACUACCCGCCCACCCUAGCGUGGAACUGCGAGGGCACGGGGUGGCGCAGCUGGGGGGACGCGUGCCUCAAGGUGCGCUUCUGGGGGCCGUCCGUGCAGCUCGACCCCGUCGGCGUGCUCUCCGUGGCCUUCGACGACGGGGAGGUGUUUGAGUGGAGCAACGUCACGGUGUCGAUUCAGAAUCUGAUUCUCGGGAAGCCGUUUGUGGACCAUUAUGGCACGAUGCGGAUCCGGGGGAACCGGGGGUUCUCGGCAAGGCUGCGGUUCAAAGAACGGUCGACUUUCGACCGAAACCCCCAUCAGGUGCGGGGCAUUGUUCAAAGUGAUGACGGGGAGGAGAAGGCGACCCUAGUGGGGCGGUGGGACCAGUUCCUGCACUUUGUGCCGGGGGAGCUGAGCAGCAAGUCGCAGAAGGAGGAGAGCGAGGUGCUGGCCACGGCGCAGCUGCUGUGGCAGAAGUGCGCCCCCUCGCCAUUCCCCUGCAAGUACAAGUUCACGCCCUUCUGCAUCACACUCAACGAGAUGACUCCUGGACUCAAGGAGCACCUUCCUCCCACGGAUUCUCGUCUGCGGGAGGACCAGCGGGCGUUGGAGCAGGGGUACUAUGACCGGGCGAUUCAGGAGAAGUCACGCCUGGAGCAGAAGCAGCGCAAGGGGGAGCAGCAGGUAUGGGAAUGCAGGGUGGAGGAGGGGUACUAUGACCGGGCGAUUCAGGAGAAGUCACGCCUGGAGCAGAAGCAGCGCAAGGCCCUGAAAGCAGGCGAGCCGGGGUGGCACCCGCGGUGGUUCCAGCAGCAAGGGGGGGGCGGGGAGCACGUGGACAUACGUGGGGGGGGACAAGGACCCAUACUCAUAAAUCUUUUCCCGACACUGUCUCUCCCCGCCUCCACGGCUCUUCUUUCCCCUGCAGGCACUGAAAGCAGGCGAGCCGGGAUGGCACCCGCGGUGGUUCCAGCAGCAAGGGGGGCCGGGGAGCACGUGGACAUACGUGGGAGGGUACUGGGAGCGGCGAGGGGCGCACGAUUGGUCGGGAAUCAAGGAUUUAUUUGCGGAUGA